CACUUGUUCAUCGUUGUCGACGGUGUGCACGAUGCCUCCAUUCUCGACCACCCAGCCUCCAGUACCAUUGCCGGCCCUAUACCUAUACCCUCUCAAUGAUUCUUUCAUUCCGAAGCAUAUUUCGCUUGCCAGUAACCAACGUGUGAAGAUUGGUCGACAAACGAACGCGAAGACGGUGCCCGCGGAGCGGAAUGGGUAUUUCGAUUCAAAAGUACUAUCGAGGCAGCAUGCAGAGGUGUGGGAGGAGAAUGCAAAGAUUUUCAUUAAAGACGUCAAGAGCUCAAACGGAACGUUCAUUAACGGCGAACGGUUAAGUCCAGAAGGACUUGAAUCACAACCGUUCGAGCUCAAGACUGACGACAUAGUGGAAUUUGGCAUCGACAUUGUCGGCGAAGAUAACACAACCAUCGUCCACCACAAAGUUGCCGCGCGCGUUGUAUGUGUCUUUACUGAGCAGGAUGCCGAAGCCGCCGCCCGCGUGGAGGCGCAACAAAAUCCCCCAACGUACGGUGCGCUCGGGGGGCAGGGUCCAGGAAUAGCUGGCCAGCCGGGUGCGUUUGGCUUUGCUGGUGCGAAUGGUGCUGGCGCGAACAACGUCAUGCCAGGUGCUCAGCGGAGGGGGACGAUGCAACCCCAAGGUCUCGUCGGCAUGGGUGGGAUGGGUGGCAGCGCACGCCCUCCAGGCAAGAGCGGCCUGACCUUUGAUCACAUCCUCAGCCGCCUCCAGGGCGAGCUGCAAAAGAGCCGGGAGACGGGUGCCGAGCUGCAUUCGUUGACGAAUGCCAUGAACGACAUCCAUGAAACACUCGGUGGCAACAUCCCCCCCGCUGCAGGCCCAUAUCCCCAGACUCUCCCCCCAGUCGUGCCUCCACAGGCGCAACGACCGAACGAUGCGUCCGCUUCCGCACAAGCGUCUAGAUCGCCGGACUCAUCUUCGUCGGCGCUCAAUGAGCUUCAAUCUCAGCUGCAUGAAACUCAAAUGUCUCUGACAAGUCAUAUGGAAAAGAUACACACCUUGGAGGGCAUGCUUGCGGAACACGAGGCAAUCAAGCAGGAGGUUUCGGCCAUGCGGGAGCUCAUGGAGGAGCGGAAGCGCGACAUGGAGCUGCUCAGAUUACAGACGCAGAGUCCGACGAACCUCCGAAGACAACGUUCGCACUCAGACGACGAAUAUGCUUCGGAUGACGACGAUGCGCGCAGCAUUUCCACUGUUGUCCCGCAUGAGCUCGAGCGUGUGGAUGAGGAGGACGAGGAGUCGCUUGCGGCGGAUGAAGAAGCCGAGCGGCGACAACGCCAAGAUGAGAUGCGGCCCCGGACACCCGAACCGACUGGCAUGGGUAUGCACGAGGAUGACGAUGAGCCAUCGACUACAUCAUCACAUCUGCGACCACAAUCUCCAGCAACACCUGCUAUCUCGGAUGAGCUCGCGCAGCGACUCUCGAUGCUUUCCAACCAGCUAGAGUCUGCGCUUGAGCUUUCUCGGUCGCUCCAACAACAGCAUGUGACCGCUCAAACCACGAUCUCUCUGCUCGAGUCGAAGGUCACAGCGCUUGAGUCACUUGUUCAGGUGACCCAGUCGCAGGUGCAGGCGCAGGCAGAGACCCAGCAAGAAAUUGCGCAGUCCGUUGAGGAAGUCAAAGCGGUGGUAGCCGCUGCACCAGCCCCGUCAACACCAGCAGAGGAGGAGCCCAAGGAAUCUAUCACUGAGGUGCUCAACCAGUGGAAGAAGAACAUGGAGGGCCGGUGGAGCACCGUUCAGGAGGAAUGGAACGACGAGCGCGAGCGCCUUCGUCGCGCCAAAGAGGAGUGGGAAGCUCGCAUGCGCCAGGUGGAGACCGGUUUGGAGAAUACGUCGGUGAAGGUCGACAGUGGGCUUGCUUCGAUCGCUUCGUUUCAGGUCCAGCAGUACCAGGCACCGAAUGGGCAUGCGAAGCUAGGACUCGUCACGCCACCGAGUCCGCGCAGCCUCUCCGCAGAAUCGACACGUCCGCGACAGAAAAAGCGGCGUUCGAGCUCGUCUCGAGGACGGUCUCGGUCGCGUUCAGAGUCCCCGACGCGGGUCAACGGCGGCGAGCAUGAUGAGGCUUCCUCCACAAGCUCGCCACUCCGGCACCGGUCAUCUUGGGCCACGGACGACUCGGACGAAGCGCACCACGGAAACGGGUCGGCUAAGUCUACAGACGGCUCGGAGGUGCGCUCCAAACCGAACGUACAGCUUCCGAUCACGCCUGAGCCGUCGUUGCUGGAACAGCCGGUAUCUGGACGCUUACCUGCUGCCAUAACCGAGGCGCGUACGAAGGAGCCGCCGAAGGACCUGCAUCCGCUGAAUAACGUGCAGACGGCCUUCGGUAUCGUCGUGGUGGUGGCAGCCGCAGCGGUCGUCAUGUGGCGAGUGAAGCCUGACGGAUCGUAAGAGGCAGGAAAGCCCUCUACAUCGUAUGACCCCCUCAUAUCCUCAGAUAGUCUCCUUAUUACCCUUUAAGAUCCCUUGGGCCCGCGGCUUCUUUUCCCCUCAACUUUCACGUUUAUCCGUCUUGUCUAGUUUGUGUAGCCAGCCUAAGAGCGAGUCGUUCCUUGUUUUUGCGUCGCAUAUAUGUAUGUCUCCUCUCUCCCUCUCUCCGCACUUUACCUUUACCCCGCCAGUAU